AAAAUUAUGAACAAUGUGCUUUUGGACAUUAUGACAUCAAAUAAAGCAUUAAACAAUGUAGAGGACACACUUAAUAAACUCCAAUUAAUCCAUUUUUACCUCAUCAAGUCCAUCAAAUUAAUUAACGAAAUUUUCGGGUUUCAAGCCAUGCUUUGUGUUGGCAUGGCUGAUUUCUUUACAUUCUUUACACUAUUCUCGACCUACAAAUCCACGAGCAUUACAACCUAUAAACAGAGGAACAUGACGUUGAUGAUCAUUUAUUGGUGCGUUUAUCUUAAUACUAUUAAGUCGGUAGCUCUUAUUCUAUGCAGCAUGACUGAAAAUCAAGAUUAUGAGACAUCGAGGAUCAUCAGUAGAUUAAUUAGUCGGAAUGUCUGCGAUCCAGCAUUAUUAAAGUCUUUUGGGAAUCAAGUUGUUGGACAGUCAUCAAAAAGCAGCUGUGGAUUAUUUUAUUUUGACUUUCAGUUGGUUGGAACGAUGUUCUCAACUAUUGUCUACUACCUCAUAAUAUUCGUGCAGUUCGAAAUCACACUAAGGAAUUAAUUAGAGAUAUAUCCUUAAUGUAAUUAAAUUUAAUUAGUAUGUAAUUAAAU